UUUAAUUUUUUAUCAAUAUAAACUGCUAGUAUGACAGUGAAAUUUCAAUUUUUUAAAUUUUUUAUCAAUAUAAAAUUUUUUUAUUUUUUAUCACUCUAUACAGAGCACUCAUUAAGCACUAAAUUAUUAACCGUUGAUUAUCAUAGAUCUUCGAUCCAGAGUGAUGUAUUCAACCCGGCCACUUGCUCAGAUUGUCAUACAAGCAGUUUAUAUUGAUAAAAAUUGCUCUGACUGUCAUACUAGCAGUUUAUAUUGAUAAAAAAUUAAAAAAAUUAAAAUUUCGUUAUUUUUUAUCACAUACUGGCAGCACUCAUUGAGCACUUAAACUGGCAGCACUCAUUGAGCACUAAAUUAUUAAUCGAAGUCUAUCAUACAUAUUUG